AUGCCAAACACACUUCCCCAUACCUAUACUGAUAUUAUUGUCAAUGGUAAACCAACACAUCCUAAUGAUUUCAAAGUGGUGCGUCAAGGUCCUCCUGAAUCGUUCUCAAGCAAAUUAGUAGCUGAACGUGCUUUUCCUGAAGGUUCUGUGAUUGCUCCUUUGGAAGGUUUGACACCAGGGGCUAAACGUUAUUCUACUGUCCAAAUUUCAGAGACAGAGCACAUUGAAUUGAAUAGUGACUUAGUGUUCAUGAAUCACUCUUGUGAUCCUUCUACUCUUAUGGAUGUGGAUCGUAUGGUUGUUACUGCUACAAGGGACAUUGCUGCUGGCGAUGAAUUAACAUUCUUUUAUCCUUCAACGGAAUGGGAUAUGGCACAACCCUUUUCUUGUUGGUGUGGUUCAUCCAAGUGUAUUGAAACCGUACAAGGCGCCAAGUACUUGUCAACAGAUACCCUAAACAAGUUCAAGUCAAGCAGACACAUAAAGCAACUUCUUCAAAAACGUGACACUUAA